UUGGCUGGCGACCAGUCCGGGGUGUACCCCGCCUGUCGCCCGAAGUCAGCUGGGAUAGGCUCCAGCAUGCCCCCGCGACACUAAUGAGGAAGAAACGGUAUAGAAAAUAGAUGGAUGGAUGGAUGGAUAAGCCUCUUGUGUUCAUUCAAUCUUUGUACAGUCAAACAUUUUAUAAUUUAUGUGAAAUUUGGUCUUGUUUUCUUUUAAAUGCAAUUUAGGUCGCCAAAAAAGUGUUGUAGGGCAGUGGUUCUCGUUGGGGGACAGAAAUAUUUUCGCACCCCCCGAUUUGAAAUGCGAUAUGUAUUUAUCUGUACUGUACAGACUGAACUCAAAACUGAAACCAGCAAAAUGCAACAAAAUGGAGAGCAUUGAAGCAUACAAGCAUAUUCAGAAUACAAAUAUUCAAAAUUACCCCAAGACCGCAGCGACGACUUGACCCCACAACUGCAUCCAAAGAACUGCAGGCCUCACUUGCCUCAAUUAAGGUCAGUGUUCAUGACUCCACCAUAAGAAAAACACUGGGCAAAAAUAGCCUGCAUGACAGAGUUUCAAGACGAACAUUAAGGCUCUUCUCAAUUUUGCCAGAAAAAAAAUCUUGAUGAUCCCCAAGACCUUUGGGAAAGUACUCGAGACAAUAGCUGAACCUUUGGGAAGGUGUGUGUCCCAUUGCAUUUGGUGUAAAAAUAAAUGCUGCAUUAAAAAACAGUAACAGUAAAAUGUGGUGUUGGUGUGGUGGUCCAGGCCUUGAGAGAAAUUGACUAGCCUAGCCUAGACUAGCCCUACAUGGCUAUAUGAUACAAAAAAACGGAACCACAAAAAUCACCUUAAUUUAGACAUAAACAUAUUCAACUUACUUUUUCAAGAGAACAUGAAACUUCCAGAGGAUUACAUGCCUUCUUUUAGGAGACUUUGAAUGGGAGAGUACAUUGGUGGAUCUUCCAGGUAUGUGGAAAAAGCACUCGGCAAACCAGAUGUCUUCCAGUUAUUUUUCAGGUUAUGAGCUUAGCUUUCUCACUGUCAUGCACAUAGGCGCGAGUGUUAGCCACGGCUACGUUAACUGCCUUUGCAUGAUGAUCACACUGUGCGCCUCGAAAACUCACCAUACUCUGUUAGUUGUUUGGUCUUUAAAUGCCUUAUUAAAGCUUUUUUAAAGGUGCUGGCCCCGCAAGAUAUUUUCCAUGGCAUGUGUUGGCAGUUAAGUUGCACAUGGCAGACAUGGUUGUUGUUUGUGGGAGGGGAAAGUGGAAGGAUGCUGCCAAAGAUGUUAGUCAGGUCAAGAUACUAGACUGCUUCGGUAUAACUAAAAAAUACUAUUUGGUAAUAGCUGAAAAGACACGUACGACCAAAUACAAAUAGACGGAGUGGACAUUGAAAGGGUGAACGAAAAUAAAUUUCUGGGGAUCAUAAUAGAUGAAAAAAUGAGCUGGAAAUAGCACAUGAAAAAUAUACAACAUGGCGAAACAUUCUUCAAUAUUGAAUAAAGCAAAAUUUGUUCUUGAUCAAAAAUCACUCCACACUCUUUACUGUUCUCUGGUUUUACCAUAUCUAACUUAUUGUGUGGAGAUAUGGGGUAAUGACUAUAAAAGCAAUCUUCACUCGCUAAAUGUACUGCAAAAAAGAUCAGUGAGGAUAAUUCAUAAUGCCACAUAGAGAAGAUAAAAAUCCCUUACUUUUAAAAUCACAAAUAGUAAUUUUUUUGCUGAUUUUAAAUUUUCAAACCGCUAAAAUAAUGCAUAAAGCUACCUAACAAUAACCUGCUACCCAAAAAUGUCAUACAAUACCUUUCUACAAGAGAGGAGAAUUAUGAUCUUCGUAAAAAAUUCAUUUGAAACACUUUUAUGCGAGAACAACGAUAAAAACCCACAGCAUUUGUACGUGGAAUUAAAUUAUGGAAGGGAUUGAGUAAGGAACUCAAACAAUGCACCAAGAUGAGCGAAUUUCAAAAACAGUACAAGCAGUUGAUGUUUGCAAAAUAGAAGGAAGAAGAUGCUUGGAUUUGUUUUGCUACACUUAUCCCUAUUUAUUAUUCCAUCCAUCCUUUUUCUGUGCUGCUUAUCCUAAUUAGGGUCGCAGAGGUAUGCUGGAGCCUAUCCCAGCUGACUUCGGGCAAGAGGCGGGGUACACCCUGGACUGGUUGUUUGUUUAUUUAUUAUUAUACUGAUUAUUAUAGACGGCCCCGCAGUGUCUGAGUGGUUAGCAUGUUGGCCACACAGUCAGGAGAUCGGCAAGAUCUGGAUUCAAAUCUCCAUUGGGCAUCUCUGUGUGGAAUUUGCAUGUUAUCCCCGUGCGUGUGUUGGUUUUCGGGUACUCCGGUUUCCUCCCACAUUCCAAAAACAUGCAUGUUAGGUUAAUUGUCGACUCUAAAUUGUCCAUAGGUAUGAAUGUGAGUGUGAAUGGUUGUUUGCCUAUUUGUGCCCUGUGAUUGGCUGGCAACUAGUCCAGGGUGUUUCAUUUCUAGAGGGCUCUAAUGUUAAAAAAAACAUAUAUAGAAGGUGGUAAACAGGUUUUCUAUGCUCUAUGAAACUAUUCCAUUUAUAAAUAAGAAAUCCUACUUCGCGGAAAUUCACUUAUCACAGUCUGAUCUGGAAUCAAUUAAGAAUAGAAUAGAACUUUAUUGUCUGUUCUAUAAAACAGAAAUUUGUCUUCCAACACGGCUUAUAAAAAUUCACUCACAAUAAAGUACAAUAUAAAGCACACAUCAAACACAUAAGUCACAAACAAAAAAAAGAAUAACAGUGCUACCGAGCGCUGUUUAAGAUAGUUACUGCAACUGGAAUAAAGGAUUUCUUGUAGGUGUUUUUGCGGGCCAGUGGGGUUCUGUAUCGGCUGCCUGACGGCAGCAGAGUGAAGGAAUGGUGCAAGGGGUGUGUGGCAUCCUCAGUGAUGAGAGUGGCUUUUCUCAGCACUGAUCGCCUAUACAAUUCACAGAGGGGAGUCUGAGGUGUUUGAGUGAUUUUACUGGCCUGGUUUAUGAUGCUUGAGAGUUUUGUUUUAUGUUUGAGUGUGAGAAAAUUGUACCAGGAAGAGAGUGAAGUGUACACAAGAGUUAAAAUGUCUUUGCUAACAUUAAAAGAUCUCGGUUUUCUCAGGAGGUGGAGGCGUUGUUGUGCCUUCUUGAAAGCUGAGUCUGCCUGGUGUCCAAAAGACAAGUUAUUGUCUAUGUCUAUCAGUCAGUCAACCUGCUCCACCUGCUGGCCAUGAAUGACGAGAGGUUGAGAGAUGCUUGCAGUGCCUUUCCCUGUGGCUCUACAGCACAACUCCUUUGUUUCAGAAAUGUUAAGUUCCAAUGAGCUCUGAGCAAAGCCACAUACCAGAGUGUGGACCUGCUCUGGUACUGUGUCAGAGCCUCUGUGUCCGUGAUGUGUGCCACUAGAGCCAUGUCGUCAGCAUACUUUAUUAACGACAGCGCAUGAGAUGUUGUUGGUGUACACUGAAAAAAGAAUAGGUAACAGCCAUAAACGAGGGGUUAUGGUGCUAACUAUGUACACAACAAAUAAUGCGUCCCAUUCCAGAAAGCAUUCUUCUGUAUAGAUGAUACAAAAUGAAGAAAUAUCAAGGGCAGCCAAGGGGAAGACAGGCUUACAGGCAUACGUCUUAGACGUGUUUCUCCACAUGGUGGCAGUGUUGACUUAUCCUUCUCCUGCACCAAAAGGGCGCGUAAAUAUGCAACAAGUGACCACACAAAGAUAGGAUAGUAUCAUUUGACACAUGUAACACCUUCCCCGUGGAGCAUGCAGAGAGGAGGAGCAUGCAGGGAGGCGUGAGGGUAUGAUGUUGCUUUAGCUUUUUGCGUAAGAGAUGCAAAGACACGUGCCUCUAUGCAAGGUGGCUGCAGACCAAUUUAAAGGAGCAAACUUUGAAGAUGUUUGGCAACAUCACUCAAGGAGACAACAAUUCACGGUGUGGAAUAAACCUACAUUUCACACAUGUGUUUCUGCCACCUGUCUAUGUCUGCGUCUUCGUGGUGGGGACACUUUUCAACAUGUGGGGCUUAAGGAGCGUGUGGUUGGCAUGGAACAAAAUAGGAAGCAUCAACAUCUUCAUGCUCAACCUGGGACUAGCGGACCUGCAGUACUUGUUCACGCUGCCUUUCCUGGUGGCGUACUACGCCAGAAACAGCCACUGGCCGUUCGGACAGCCCUUCUGCAAGGUGACCCGCUUCUGCUUCAACCUCAACCUGUACGGCAGCAUUGGUUUCCUCACAUGUAUCAGCUUCUACAGGUACCUUGGCGUGGUGCACCCCAUGAGAGUGAUGGGGAAGAUCAGCAGCCGGCACUCUCUGCUUAUUAGCGUGCUAGUUUGGCUGCUGGUCAUUGUUCAGAUCCUCCCGGACGUGUUCUUUGACAAGAACAACACAACCAACCAGAACGCCUGCUUUGACACCACCUCCAACGAGCGAAUGAGAGAAUAUCUUCCUUACAGUUUAGGAUGGACGCUGACGGGGUUUGCUGUACCGUUGCUGAUCAUCAUUUUGUGUUACGGACACGUUGUUUGGAUUCUGGCCAAAAAGUCCAAUAUCAACCCUCUGCUCAAGCAGCGCUCUUUGAAACUGGUACUGGUUCUGCUGCUGCUAUUCUCCGUCUGCUUUGUUCCCUACCACAUCUUCAGAAACCUCAACCUACAAACCAGGAUCUUGAAACAAGAUGGCAUCUGCCGCCCAGGCUUCCGCCACGUGUACAUCGCCCACCAGGUGGGCCGAUGUCUGGCGUGUAUGAACAGCGCCAUCAACCCGCUCAUCUACAUCGUAGGAAACGACAAAUUCCUCAUCACGCUCCAUCGCUUCAGGGACAGAACCAGGGAAUCUUUGACCAACAUCACACACGCCGUCUUUUACCGCAAUACUUCUCCCUCCCUGGGAAGGUUAUGAACUUUGAUCUGCAGCUUUAACACCUGAUAGACAUCAACAAGAGCACUCAUCUUUUAGCUCCUCCAGUCAUUUUCACAUACAGUACAUGCAGUAUAUUUGUACCAUUUUUGUAAUAUUUGUACACUAACCGAUUGCCUAAUUUUUCCCAGAAGAAAUCCGUACCAGAAUUCCAAAAAUGUUAACGCAGAACACAUUUUCAUAGUUUUACAUGCAGAAAACAACAAAAUGCAUAUAUGAAUAAUAAAUGAAAGGGCUCAAUGAACAUUUAAGGUUACUUUUACCUCCAUUGAAGAUGUGAUUCUUGAUGUGACUGUUCCGAAAGACACAAUGUGGCAGCGAGAUUAACACCAUCUUCCAACAUCUUCCUGUUUGGCUAGGAAUCAUUUUUUGAACUCAGUCGAGUUUCUCACCUAAGUCUAAAAUGGAGAGGCUCUCAGAGGGGUGAGAUAUCUCCUGGGAUUUACUGGUUUAGAGCAGCCAAAGGUAUACAUAGGUGUGUCCAAGUUAAAGAACAUGGCAGGUCUGUCUUCUGUUCUGUUGGUGGAUUUAUUUAUAGUGGUGGACGUGAAGUGGUGACAAGCUGUGGUAAGAUAUGGGGAACUGUGGUGUUGAUGCUCUUUUGCUGUGGUCUGCAACAGCAUGGCAUACAAAGAAUAAUCAGUAAAACAAUGCAACUAAUAUUACACAUAAACAUAAUAUGAAAACAAAGGCACAUAAAGUACAGAAAUCCAUCCAUCCAUCUUCUAGGCCGCUUAUCCUCAUUAGGGUCGCGGGGGUAUGCUGGAGCCUAUCCCAGCUGACUUUGGGCGAGAGGCGGGGUACACCCUGGACUGGUCGAUACAGAAAGUAGUACAGAAGUACAUAAAUAUUACAUAGUAAAGAAUACAUAAAUACAAUAUGAGGCUUAUUACUGAGCUAAAUGGACAUAUGAGUUCAAAUAGCGUGAGAUUAUCCCCAAAAACAAAUAAUGCUCCCUAGCACUCAGCAGCACAAAGCUAACAUUAUUGAAGCUCACCCCUGUGCAUUUACGCACAGGAUUUACGUUUGUGAACAAGAACAAAGUGAAUGGAGUGAUCGAAAAUAUACAUCUGGAUGGAUUAUGUUUCACAGGCGGCCUAGGAAGGCCUCUGUGUCUGUCUGUCUGAUGGGUGGAGUACCAAUGCAGAUUCCCAGGUCCUGGCAUCUGUCAGUGCAGUGUCAGAGAAAGUCAUACACACACUGUACAUCUCAGUUUGUCAUACAGCACACAACUAUGGUGCAUUCAAGGACCGCCGAACAAACCCUGAAAAAGAUGCAUUAUUAGUGAAGCAUAAAGAACAUAAACAUACAAAAUAGUCAGUGCAUUCAGUCAAGAAACAAAUGACAGCCUCAUACAGCUGAAAAGAGGACUAAUUAGUCACAUCACCAUGUAAGAAGACCGCCUCUCAUUUGUCACACAACAUCAAUGACAUCUUCAAGAUUAAACACUCUUAAUGCACAACAUCAUCAGCAUUGCAUUUGUUCAUAUAACGCUCACAGAGCAAUCAACAACCUCAUGCUCUGCCUCCUUGUGUGUGGCAGGUGGUGCAUUUGGUAGCUGGGCCUUCAGAGGGGCCUUAACUGGACAGAAUUUUUCUCCGCAGACACUGUGAGGGCCAGUAUUUAAAAAAAAAAAAAAAAAGUAAUAAUAUACAUUGCUGUAUGUUGCCAUUCACCCCAAGCACCGCAGUCCUUACCCACUGCACCAUCCAGCCACUUAAAAAAACAACAAACUUUAGUCUGAGACUAAACAUAACUACCAGGUCGCAACAGUACCAUUAUUAAUAAAGCAAGACAUCCACAUAAUCCUUUUUCUACGCAUACAUGACUUUCAUGCUCAUAUUAACCUUGAGCAUUAGUAACUUCCACCGGUGAUCGGGGGCGCUUGUAAAUUUGGUGCUCACCCAGUUGUAACUAGUGUAAAUGGAACCGCUCGGUGAUGAAGGGUUCAGACAACUCCAAACCACUACGCUACAUCAUCUGGGGCAGUUAGUUCAGAAUCAAUAUUUAUCUAAAAAACAUGACAAAAGUAUAAAACCUUUCAAGUGAAAUACAUCUACUCAUGAGAAAUUGUAGGUCCCGUGAGGCAAAUCUGAAAUUUGAAACAACGCCAUUACUAAUAGUGUGGAUAUGACAUGGGCCAGCACUCCUGAUUUUGAGGGCCCUGGGCAGAUUACUUUGACAUGGCAACACAUAGAAGCUGAAAUCUGAUUGGACAAAAAAGUAACAUACACGUACAAGUACUGGAAGCAGUGCAGCCAAGAGACACGCUGUGAAAUGAAGAUAAUAAACUGUUGGGAAUAAAUUGAUGCAAUUUAUGGAACAAAUACUAGAAUUUAAGUUGUAAAUGUACUGUAGCUCAUUGCUUCUGAUAGUGUUCACCCACCAGAGAAGGCUUUGCUGGCCCUGACUGCACACCACUGGUCUCCUUUCUUCUGCACUGUACUACCUGCGCUCUUCAGGGCUGUUCACAUCAGGCGUUCAGGUGCAUUACGUACCUCAAGAGUUAAGUGCUAAUGUAGUCACACUUUUUAAUUUUUAUUCAUGUACCCCCUACAGCAGGGGUACGCGUACCAAACUUUGGGUACCUCGGCAGUACAGUACAUUCCAUUUUUACAUUACAGCACAUUAAGUACAUUACAUUACAUUACAGAGCAUACUCCUUGCAUUUAGUCAAGGUGCAUGGUGUUCUGGUAUACAAUGUCUGUGUCAUCUUCUGCGUUUACUUGGGCAGUUCGCAGCUGAGUGUGAAGCUUCUGGGAUGAGACUCAGCACCUUCAAAUCUGAGUGUAUGGUUCUCAGCCAGAAAUGGCGGAUUGCAGCCUUUGGGUUGGGAGUGAGGUCUUGCCCCAGGUGGAGGAGUUCAAUUAUCUCAGGGUGUUGUUCACGAGUGAGGGAAGGCUGGAGCAUGAGAUCGAAAGGCGGAUCAGGGCAGCGUCUGCAGUAAUGCCAUCACUGUACCGGACAGUUGCAAAGAUCUCGAUUUAGCAGUUGAUCUAUGUGUCUACCCUCACCUAUGGUCAUGAGCUUUGGGUAGCAACCGAAAGAACAAGAUAGCGGAUACAAGUGGCCCGAAAUGAGUUUCCUCCAUAGGGUGACUGGACUCACUCUGAGAGAUUUGUGGAGGUCAGUCAUCCAGAAGAAGCUCAGAGUUGCUGCGAGAGGAGCCGAUUGAAGUGGCUUGCGCAUCUAGUCCACAUGUCUCCUGGAUGCCUUCCUUAGGUUGCCUGGGCAUGCCCAGCUGGGAGGAGUCCCAAGGGUAGACCUAAAACAUGCUGGAUGGAUUAUGUUUCACAGGCGGCCCGGCAAGGCCUCGGUGUCCCCCCUCCCAGGAUAAGUGGAAAAAAAUGGAUGGAUGUAGUACCAAUACAGAUUCCCAGGUCUUGGCCAUCAGUACCGACUCAGUUCGAAUGUGUAAGAUACCACCCCUAAAGUGAAUGUACAGUACUUUCCUUCUUGAUUCCAUUUGCACUACCUGUUGCAUUCUAUCACAUCAUCAAACAGUAAUAUUUACAUAAUAUUUGUUAAUAUUUGUAAAAUAUCAUCACAUGAAAUACACAUCAUAAAAUUGUACUUUUUGUUUCUUCCCGUUGUAUUUUAUACUUCGUAAACUCUCAUCUUCUACAUGAAUGUGAUGUUUCAUUUUGUGUAAUUAAUUGGAAGUAGUCAAAUGCAAUACAUGCACUGUAAGAUUCAACGAUGAAGUUACUUAGUACCGUGAAAAGACUGCGGAAAUGAUAUAAUGUCAACGUUUGUGGUUUCCUGUGCAGGUGUACUUUCUCUUCACCCACCCUGACUGUCACACCACAAAUCACUCUAAAACGUUGCUAAACAUGUUCAAUUCAAUUGUAAAGCAAAAACAUCCAAUAAUUAACAUCAAAAGAUUUUUAUGUCACCAUCACCCUAACUUACUACACCAUCCACCUUUUUUUGUGUGUGUAUUUAGAUAGACAGAUAGACAUGAGUGUGUGCGUGUGUGUGCGUAUGACAUUGAAAAUUACAUUGAAUCCAAGAUUUUGUUUUUUAAGGUUGUGGUCCUAAACUUUUGAUCAGCUGAUGAA